CUAAGUACUAAAAGCUACCAUAAGAAAGACAGACAAAGCAAAAGCUAAAAUCUCCCACUUAUGGCUGCUCCAAUUACAGGGCAAAAAUAAAAACACAAUCUUUAUUUUAAAAUUAAAAAUCAUCUCACGAAGUGAUGAAUUUUUAGAAGUAAAAUUAUUCAGAUUUCUGCCCAUCAUUCAACAGCCUGUAUUUUGCAGAAAUAGUUUGAGAAAGAAAUCAGUGAAAAAUUCCAAGAAAUUAUUUGCUGGGUGUUAAAUAAUUCCAAACAUUGCCCAUGUUUACAACUUCCCAUUUCAUGUUAUAUUUCUUGAUUACUUCUCUUGAAUUAUUUCUCCAUUUUUCUUCAUUUUCAUAAGAAAAAUCUUAGCUUUUUUAAGUUUCAGUAUGUGGGACUCUGAAACUGAGUCUCUUGGAGGUAGAGAGUAUGGAAAUGGAGCUCAUGUUUCUGCCAAACAUGGUGUUAAAACAGAUGGGUUUGAGCAAAGAGGUCAAUCAUGGUAUGUUGCAACUGAUGUUCCAAGUGAUUUUCUGGUCCAAAUUAGUGAAUUUAACUUUCACUUACACAAGUACCCUUUAAUUUCGCGGUGUGGAAGAUUGAGUAGGAUCAUUUAUGAGACCCAUGAAGGAGAUUUAAACAAGAUAAACUUGGAUGAUCUCCCUGGUGGGCCGGAGUCAUUUGAGUUAGCAGCGAAAUUCUGCUAUGGAAUCGCGGUUGAUCUGACAGCAGCCAACAUCUCGGGCCUAAGAUGUGCUGCAGAGUAUUUAGAAAUGACAGAGGACCUAGAAGAAGGAAACCUCAUAUUCAAAACUGAAGCCUUCUUAAGCUAUGUAGUUCUGUCAUCUUGGAGAGACUCCAUCAUUGUUUUAAAGAGCUGUGAGAAGCUCUCGCCUUGGGCAGAAAACCUGCAGAUUGUUCGUAGGUGUAGCGAGUCUAUUGCUUGGAAGGCUUGUGUAAAUCCCAAGGGCAUAAGGUGGAACUACACCGGGAGACCUUCAAAGGUUUCAAGCCCCAGUUGGAAUGAUCUUAAGGACUCGAGUCCAAGUAGGGCGAUUCAAGUGCCUCCUGAUUGGUGGUUUGAGGAUGUAUCAAUCCUUAGGAUUGAUCACUUUGUUCGUGUGAUAACAGCCAUUAAGGUGAAGGGAAUGAGGUUUGAGUUAAUUGGUGCUUCGAUUAUGCAAUAUGCAUCCAAAUGGAUACCGGGACUAAUCAAGGAUGGUGGUGGGGAAGCCAUGUUGGAUGAUCUCAGCAAUGGGAAUAUCAGCAGAGAGAGCAAUGGCAGCAGCAGUGGCAGUGGAUCCGGAAGCUGGAAAGGUGGGCUCCAUUUGAUAGUCGCGGGGAAGGAAGAGCCUGAAGCAAUUAAAGCAAAAGAUCAAAGAAUGAUCAUUGAGAGCCUGAUUAGUAUUAUUCCACCCCAAAAGGACAGUGUUUCCUGCAGCUUUCUACUGAGGCUUCUGAGGAUGGCUAACAAGCUGAAGGUAGCCCCCGCUUUGGUCACUGAGCUUGAAAAGCGCGUUGGUAUGCAGUUCGAGCAGGCAACCUUGUCAGACCUUCUUAUACCAUCUUACAGUAAAAGUGAUACAACAUAUGAUGUUGAUUUAGUUCAAAGACUUCUGGAGCAUUUCUUAGUGCAAGAACAGACUGAGUGUGUAAGCAGUCCUAGCAGGUCAUACAUGGAAAAGAAUAUGUUUGAGGAGAGUCAAAGAGGGGGUGCAUCCAGUGCAAAGAUGAGAGUAGCAAGGCUCGUCGAUAGUUACUUAACAGAGAUUGCUCGCGAUAGGAAUCUCUCGCUUACCAAGUUCCAUGUCCUUGCUGAGGCUCUUCCUGAAUCUGCAAGAACUUGUGAUGAUGGUCUUUACAGAGCAAUUGACUCCUAUCUCAAGGCACACCCUGCACUGUCAGAACAUGAAAGAAAACGAUUAUGUAGAGUGAUGGACUGCCAGAAGCUUUCGAUUGAUGCCUGUAUGCACGCAGCACAAAAUGAGAGGCUUCCCUUAAGGGUAGUGGUGCAAGUCCUCUUCUCAGAACAGGUUAAGAUUAGCAACGCGAUAGCCAAUAACACCCUGAAAGACAACACUGCAGUAGAGUCCCAAUUUCAGCCCAUGGUCUCAACCCGAAAAACCCUUCUUGAGGGUACUCCUCAGUCGUUCCAAGAAGGGUGGUCAUCAGCAAAGAAGGACAUUAAUACACUCAAGUUUGAGCUGGAGACAGUGAAGUCUAAGUAUGUAGAACUCCAGAACGAUAUGGAGACUUUACAAAGGCAGUUUGAUAAAAUAGUGGCUAAACCGAAACAACAUUCUUCAUCGGCAUGGACUAGUGGGUGGAAGAAGCUAAGUAGACUUGCAAAGAUGAAUAAUAUGGAUUCUCAUGAUGAUGGCUCUGAUCAACCAGUAGCAGAACAAACCAGAAAAACGCCGAGAAGGUGGAGAAAUUCCAUUUCUUGAGUCUUGUGAAAAGUUUUUCCUUUUCUUUACAAUAAUAUUUUUGCUCUUACCAUGUCCAUUAUUUUGAAUUGCCUUACUUUUUUUCUACCAUAUAUUCUAAGAGGAGAGAAUUGGUUGACUUGUGAGUGAGAGUGUGUAAGUUUUUGUCUGUGUUUAGGGUGAAUGAAAUUGACUGCAGAAGUUUUCACUGGUUCAAUUUCUUCAGAUUAUAUUUCAGAAUACAACUAAGAUAAAUAAGCACUUAAUUACUUAAACAGCUGAA